AUGCGGCACACGGGCGAGCGCCUCGACGAGUUGCAUUAUGCUGGCUCGCUGCGAUGCAAUCGUCGAACCAGCGAUAAAUUAUUCACUCCUCCCUCUCGUUUCCCCCCUUUCUCCCUCUCGUCCCCCCCCCCCCCUCCGCCUCUCAUUUUCCCCCCUUCUGCCUCUCGUUUUCCCCCCUUCUCCAUCUCGUUUCCACCCAUCCUCCCUCUUGUUUCCCCCCUCCACCCACUCGUUUCCCCCCCUUCUCCCUCUCGUUCCCCCCCCAUCCGCCUCUCCUUUCCCCCCCUUCCGCCUCUCGUUUCCCCCCCUUCUCCCUCUCAUUUCCCCCCCUCCUCCCUCUCGUUUCCCCCCCUUCCCCGUCUCGUUUCCCCUCCUUCUCCUCUCAUUUCCCCAACUUCUCCCUCUCAUUUCCCCCCUUCUCCCUCUCAUUUCCCUCUUCCCCCUCUCAUUUCCCCGCUUUCCCCCUCUCGUUUCCCCCCCUUCUCCCUCUCAUUCCCCCCCUCCUCCCUCUCGUUUCCCCCGCUCUUCCCUCUCGUUUCCCCCCUUUCUCCCUCUCGUUUUCCCCCCUUCCGCCUCUCAUUUCCCCCCUUUCCCCCUCUCGUUUCCCCCCCUUAUCAAUCUCGUUUUCCCCCCUUCUCCCUCUCAUUUCCCCCCCUCCUCCCUCUCGUAACUCCCCCUUCCCCCUCUCGUAUUCCCCCCUUCCCCCUCUCAUUUCUCUCCCUCCUCCCUCUCGUUUCCCACCCUUCCCCCUCUCGUUUCCCCUCCUCCUCUCAUUUCCCCAACUUCUCCCUCUCAUUUCCCCCCUUCUCCCUCUCAUUUCCCUCUCUUCCCCCUCUCAUUUCCCCGCUUUCCCCCCUCUCGUUUCCCCCCCUUCUCCCCCUCAUUUUCCCCCUUUCUUCCUCUCAUUUCCCCCCUAUGCUCCCUCUCAUUUCCCCCCCUGCUCCCUCUCAUUUCCCCCCCUGCUCCCUCUCAUUUCCCCCCCUGCUCCCUCUCAUUUUCCCCCCCUGCUCCCUCUCAUUUCUCCCCCUGCUCACCCUCACUUCCCCCCUUUCUCCCUCUUCAUUUCCCCCUCUCCUUCCCCUCAUUUCGCCCUCUCCUUCUCCUCAUUCACCCUUUCCUUACCCUCAUCUCCCCAUCUCGUUUCUCGCAUUUCCCCUACUCCGUCCCCUUGUUUCCCCCUCUCCCCUCAUUUCAUCCUCUCGUUCCUCUUGUUUCCCACAUUUCCCCUUAUCCGUCCUCUCCUCUCCCUUUCUCCGUCCCCUCCUUUACCCCUCCUUCCCCUCAUUUUCCCCUCUCCCUCCCCUCAUUCCCCCCUCUCCUUUCCCUCAUUUCCCCCCUCCUUACCCUUCCCUGCCCCCACCCUGCCGGCAGGUGAGUGCGCUCAUGCUGCUGGCGCGCGUGAGGGAGCUGCAGCGCCCUCACAUGCUGCACAGUCCUUCCCCUCCUCCCCCCUUUGCUUACCCUUCCUUACUUCCCCCCGUGCAACCCUUGCUCCCCCUUUGCUUCCCCUCCCUUCCCCUCCAGCUUACCCUCUGUUUCUUCUGCAGCAUCCUUGCAUGA